GAGUGAAUGUUCCUUUUUGUGUGAACUAUCCCUUUAAGGACCGGGAGAGGUUUGAAUCAGGACCUUCCUGCUGUGAGCUUGUUUCCACUUUCCGUCGCUAGAGGUCGCUGUCACCCUGGGUAUGGACGUGCAGCGGCAUGCAGCAGCAGCAGCCCGGUCAGAGGCAGCAGAGUGUCGGGCUCUCCAGCAGCUCCGCUCCGUAUAUCUCCACUGACCCUUCGUCUCAGAGCAACAUUCAUCCCACAGAGAGCUGCUGCUCGGUCUCUGUCCUUCCGUCCAGCUGCACACAUCUGUCCUCCCGUCCAGCGGCGCGCUGCGGCCACAUCUGCAUCUGGGAAGGUCACACGCAUCUUUUUUUUCUUUCUUUUUUAUCGGCGGACCGGACAACUUUUUUUUUUUAAAUCCAUCUCCAGAUCAGCGUUGUUUCAUCGGGACGUUGUCACUGCAUUCAGCCGGAUCUGACACUACUGGACGGAUGGGCGCUGUCAGAGCUCACUGAUUGCCUCGCCAAGCUUUGCUGAUCGCAGCUGCCGUGAUGGCCAAAAGCCCGGAGGUGAAGCUGGCCAUGUUCGGCAGAGCGGGGGUGGGCAAGUCAGCUUUGGUGGUGAGAUUUCUAACCAGACGCUUCAUCUGGGAGUAUGACCCAACACUUGAAUCCACAUAUCGGCAUCAAGCUAACAUUGAUGAUGAGGUUGUUUCCAUGGAGAUUCUGGACACUGCAGGGCAGGAGGACAUCCAGCAGAGGGAGGGUCACAUGCGUUGGGGUGAUGGGUUCGUCAUUGUCUAUGACAUCACAGACCGGGGAAGCUUUGAGGAGGUUGCCCCACUUCGCAGUCUCCUAGAGGAAGUGAAGAAGCCCAAGAAUGUCCCUCUGGUUCUGGUGGGCAACAAGUCAGACCUGGACCAUGUCCGGCAGGUUGGCACAGAGGAAGGCGAGCGACUGGCAGCUGAGAUGGCAUGCGCCUUCUAUGAAUGCUCAGCGUGUGCCGAUGAGGGUGGUGCGGUUGCCGAGGCUUUCCACGAGCUCUGCCGCGAGGUGAGGCGCCGCAAGGCCGUGCAGGGCAAGGCCAGGCGCCGCAGCUCAACUACACACGUCAAACAGGCCAUCAACAAGAUGCUGACCAAGAUCAGCAGCUAGGGAAGAGCCAUAAAUCUUCUGAUCACACAGGAACAAAAAUAUGUAAAUUCUUGUUAUGUAAAUGUUUUAAACAAUUAUUGGCUCCAAAAUGGACAAAAUGUGACUGAUUUGAUGUGGAAUGUGUUAUUUGCUUACUCUAUGAUCACAUUCCAUCAAAUGAUCCAAAGUGCAGCGUCUCAUCAUUGCACUCUCCAAAGGUAAAUGUUGUCACUGGGAGCCUUAAUAGAUUACUCGCCCAAAUACUUGAGCUCAUUUGGAUCAAAAUUAUACUGGAUACAGAUGAGAUACGAGAUGGUUCAUGAUGAAUCACUGAUAUGAUGAAGUUCUCAACUUUCUUUCUUUUAUCCUCUCAUUUAACUCUUUGAAUCAAUAAAUAUACCAGGGGGCAGUGUGAAACUUGUGCAUGCAAACUGUCUCUUUUAGCAUGCGGCAAAUCCAAGCCUUUCCUGGCGAGAAGAGUUGUACUUUCCUCUCUGUAUGUGGUCUGUAUGGAGAUAUUUUGAUGUGCUUAGGCCCAUGUGUUUAACUGUUGCGUCAGCAAAGAAAACUAUUAGAUUAAAGUAGAUCCACUGUCCUUUACCCAUGUCAACUCUGAAUAUUCUGAGCUGUCAACGUCCUGUCCUUCAAGCAAACCUUGUAACAAAGUCUACUCUGUUCUGUCGACUUCAACUGUUCUGCAGUGGACUGUGGCUCCCUGUGUUUGGCCAAGAAGAUAUUUUUCCUCACGGAACCAAAGCACAGGUUCAAAAACUUGUCAAGGCUCAUGGGGGACUUUUUUUUUGCAGUUUUAUCAAAACCCACAAAAAGAAGCAGAUGCCGUCCAUCCUAACACGGCCACAUUCCAGAGAUGCUCUUCAUGGCUCUAAUGUUAAUACUGUAAACUACAGUAUGAAUGAGAUACUAUUGCCUUAAGCACUGCUGUGUCUUAGGUGUGUACAGAACCCAAAGAAAUAUACAGUAGUUCAUACUGUAACUGUUACAUAUGUAAUAUCUGUCUCAAGUGUGUGACCUGUCUCUGAAGAAAACAACCAGUUGUUCACUUGCAAUUAAAAACCGAGAUAUAU